UAGAGCGCCAUCAUAUCAGCAGCGAAUUUUCGGAUCAAGUCCUUCUCAAACUUUCAUUUUUACCAAAAUAUGCCACCCGUUCUACCGAUUUGAAAACAAACUGGACUUUGAGACAAAGUAGACCAAAGACAUACAUUGCAAUAAUUGCCAGACAAUUUACUGGAGAUUGGUGAGGAUGUCAUCUGGAAAACCAAGGAAGAGUAGCUCCUCACGGAGCAGCAGAGGUACCUCAUCAGAUGUGAAUGCAGAUGCUGGAGGAAGCAGUGAUGAAGAACAGUUUCAAGAUGCGAUGGAAAACUUCCAAACAGUAAAAGAAAUGGAUCUAGCUACUGCCAUUGAAGAGACUACAGUAGCACUCAACCUCUUUCUCAACAACAAAUUCAGUGAGGCUAGAGCCAUAUUUGAACCAUGGUCUCAUGCAAGUAUCUACCAUGCCUUGGGCCACGGAACUAUCAGUUACCUCCAGGCUGUCAUGACCUUUGACCCCACAGACAUCCAGGAAGCUAUCAAAUGGAUCAAGAACUCCAUUGAGGUUGCCAACCGGUUCCGGAAAAAAACGAGUGUGAUGACGUCCAUGUCGAAAAUGAUGUGGAAGACCAACUAUAACACAUACACAGAUGAAGAGGUACAUGCUGAGUUAUGCUAUGCUGAAUCCCUCCUGGAGCGUGCAAUCCUAUCUUUCAUCCAAGAUGACAACCUUAUCAAUUUCAUCAAAGGUGGACUGAAAAUAAGAAAUGGUUACCAUUCUUACAAAUCAUGUGUCCAGAUGUUUGAAAAUAGAACUUGGCCAUCAGCUAGAUCAAAGCAACAGUUUGAGAGCGGAGUCAAGUUUGGUAGUGGUACAUUUAAUCUGUGUAUAUCAAUGUUGCCAAAGAGGAUACUGAAAUUACUAGAGUUUGUAGGAUUCUCAGGAAACAGGAUAAAAGGGCUGACUGAUUUAGAAAGGGCUUCCAAACUUCCUUGUCUCAGGUCUCCUAUGUGUUCUAUGGUCAUCAUCAGUUACCAUUCCAUAGGAACUUAUGUAUUCGGUACUGCUGAUGGAGACAUUGAGCUUGCUAGACAAAUCUUAGAACCGUGUUUGAAGAACUAUCCCAAGGGAGUCAUCUUCUUAUUUUUAGCAGCGAGGAUAGAAGAGAUAUCAGGAAACCUGGAUGAAGCAAUAGAUAAGUUCCAGGAGUGCAUUGCCUCGCAGCAGGAAUGGAGGCAGUUUCAUCACUUGUGUUACUGGGAACUUAUGUGGUGCCACGCCUAUAAACUUGAUUGGCCAAUGGCUGCUCAAUAUGCUAAUAAGCUGUGUGAAGAAAGCAGGUGGUCUAAGGCUAUUUACCAUCACCAGCAGGCUAGCUUCUUAGCCAUGCAUCUACCACGUACCGACGCUUGUAUACAGAACAUCAAUGACAUCUACGCCAAGGUACCAGAACUUAAACAACGUAUUGCAGGCAAGUCUAUCCCCAUGGAGAAGUUUGCGGUUAACAAGGCCAAGAAACAUCUCAUCCAUGGCACUGAAAAUUCACUCGUAGGGCUGGAGUUGAUCUAUAUCUGGAAUGGGUUUUCCAUUCUUGCCAAGAAGAAAGAGCUUUUAGAACCAGUACUACUCUUAACAGAGGCAACACUUCAACAGCUUAAGAAGACGAAAGGUUAUGCAAGUAGAAGUAGUGGCUGUUACUGGGAUGAUUAUAGUUUAGCCAUGCUCCUGAAAGGAAUCACCCUUAGAUAUCUGUCAAGACCUUCUCAAGCAGAACUCUGCUUUCAAGAAGUCAUCUCUAAUGAAAGAGAUCUUCAUUAUGAUCAUUACCUGGUACCGUAUGCAACCCUUGAACUUGGCUUACUCUAUCUACAGUAUGAUAGAUUGCAGGAAGCGAAGACGUUCCUUACACAAUGCAGGCAUCACAACAAGAAAUACAUGUUAGAGAACAGACUUCACUUCAAGAUGCAUGCUGCCCUGGAUAACCUCAAGACCAAGAUGACACAGUCAUCAGAGAUCCCGGCCCAGGACUCGCUCAACCUUGAAGGAGAGGAUGAAGAAAGGACUGGACCAGAAGAAGAUGGACUAGAAAUGAGCAUAGCAUCUGAAGCAUCCCAGGACUCACUUGACAAGGAUGGGCCGAUAGAUGGGCCAGGAACCAACCUCAAGAACAAAGACCAGGAUUCUCUUACAGGAGAUGGAUCAGUAGAUGGACCAAUGAACAAAGUGGGACCAACAGAAGAUGAGAUAGCAAGGACUAAUGACAAAGAAGACCAGGACUUGUCUUCUGGUCCUAGAUAGUCCUAAACAUCAUCAAAUACCCUGUGGUGAAGUGCAGCACAAGGCAAAAUAUAAAAACCGAUAUUGAGACUUGUGUGCAAAAAUCGAGCAGGCAUUCUUUAUGUACAGUACUCAAGCAUGUUGCUCAUCACAUCCUUCUUGAUUAUUGUGUAAUAAUGCAUGUAUGUAAUAUGCAUCUCAAAGUUAUCCCAAUAAACUGACCUGAAAGUGUCAAUAAUGCCAAAGCGAAGGUACUUCGGAGAUGCCUUUUAUUAGUUUAGCUGUAUGCAUGUCUGUCCCAGACAUAAAUAAUGACAUCUGAUUGAUGAACAUCUGUUAAAACCCUCAGACAAACACAGGUUUCUUUUAGUGUUCAGCACAUACUUGCAACCCAGUGUCUUUAAUAGUGUUAUCCUUCAUGCUUUAGGAAACGGUGCUAAUUCAUUUUUUUUUCAAAGGAUAAGUCCACAAUUUAAUAAGUAUUAAACUUAGAUUUAAUCAAAUUCAGAUGUAGAAUGAGAAAAUAAUGUCAUUUAAUUUUUUUUAAUAAAUAACAAUUCGCAUAACAUAGUUUGUAAAUGAGAGAGCCGAUGAUAUCACACAUAAUUAUAUUUGUUUAGAUGGAAGCAUCAUGGUCUGACUCUUUCCUUUCAAUCUAAAGGCGACCCUACACCUUACGAUUGGUCUGCGACCCAUCGUAUGAAUACCUGUGUUCAAAUCUGUGACUGUGCUAUCAUCCUUCUUAGAAUAAAAGCGAAUUUAAUAUCUAGUCAUAAUGAUGUCAUAGCAGUUGUACGACUGCCUAUGAUUUGAAAUUUAUUUGGCCUUUACUAUAAAAUAAAGGCUAUUAAUCUUUCAAAUUGGUUAAAUUAGUAUUCUUUCAAUUAAUUUUAACCUGAAAUAAAAUAUGUUCCAUUCACUUUUUCAGAAAAUUAGCAAAAUGCGAUUUGUUCCAAAAUUGGAUCGCGAACAGUCGUAAGGUGUGCGGUUUCCUUAAGGGUGGUGAGUUCUAAUCCCAGCCAUGACCUUAAUUUUUUUCACCAAGGAUUUAUCCACAGUGCUUCACUCAAUCCAGGUGAAGAAAGUUGGUACCUAACAGAAUUUAUUCCUUGAAAUGCUUGCAUACUGUCAAAAGACUGCAGGGCUAGAUCUUGGGUAAUAAUACUUCAGUCCUUUGGAAGCGCAUAAAGACAUUAUGAUAUGCACUACACAAAAUUGUGAAUUAGUAUAAUAAAUUUUCAUUGUACGAAAUUUCAAAUGCUUCAUUAAUUUCAUGAUCUCAAUUUAAUCACGGUCACCGUCAGUUACAUUAUUGAUGAAUUUCUUUUUACUUAAAAGAGUCAAACCAUGUUUUAUGUUAUUGGAGCAUGAUAUGAAAUUAGUGAGUUUAUGGCACCAGCCUGUAUUCCCUCAUUUGCAUAAGGUAUGAAUUUCUCUGUUUCUCUGAAACACAGAAACACCGUCACUUUUCUUCUCUAUCUCUCAUCAGUUUUGUGCAUGUUUUAUUUUGCCCUUUCUAGUUAUCAAAUUGACUUUUUUUGGUCGAUUUGAUCUUCAGUGAAAAUUGAGUAUAAAACAGAUGUAUUCCUGAUGUGUGUUCCAUAAAAAUGUGAUGGUACAAAAACCUUUGUGUGGGUUACCUCGCUGGUGUUGUUCGAUCAGUAUUCCAUGCCAAAGUAUAGUCAGAUACAGUUAGUCAUGUGUGAUGCCACAAUACAUUUGUAGCCCUUUUUAUUUUCAAGAAGACUUUUGUC